AUGGCUUCCCCAUGUGCAGAAGAUAACGAGUCUGCAAAUACGAUAAGAGCGACAAAAGGAAGUAAAACUAUUUUCCAAGACUACCUAAACGAAAAAGAGUUAAAAUUUCCUGAAAAAAGUGAAGAACUUGCAGUUAUUCUCCCGAAAUUUUACUCCGAAGUGAGAAAGAAAGAUGGCUCGAAGUACACGAAGAAUUCAUUGUGUGCGUUGAGAUUUGGUUUGAACAGACAUUUUAAAGCACUUCUUCACAUUGAUAUCAUCAAGGAUAAAGCAUUUGAUAGAGCUAACAAAGCAUACGAAGCUGAGUGUGUAAACUUGAAGAGUAUUGGACUUGACAAACCAGGACAUAAACCUCCAAUUUCUGACGCAGACAUCAAGAGACUCUACGAAUGUGGACUUUUUGACACAGAUUCUCCAAAUACACUUCAAAAUAAGGUUUUCUUUGAAAUUAUGUUAUAUUUUUGUCGUCGAGGUAGACAGAACCUUCGCCAGUUAAAAAAAGACGACUUUGUUAUAAAAAUAAAUCCACAAGGGCAGAAAUAUGUCGUCAAAACUGGUGAUACCACAAAAUUGGAUGACGGGGAGGAAGGAGGAAUGAUGAUUGCAGGUGGUGGUCCGUUGUGCCCUGUAUACUCUUUUGAAAAAUAUUUGAGUCAUUUAAAUCCUGUGAACAAGUUCCUGUUUCAAAGACCACGGGAAAAUUGUCCUUCUGACGGUAUUGUUUGGUACGACAACAAUGUUGUUGGGGAAAACACACUCGGCAAGAAGAUGAGAGUUCUCUCGGUACAAGCAAAUCUUUCUGUUGAAUAUACAAACCACUCAAUCCGAGCAACCACUAUCACUAUCCUCAAUCGAUACGGUUAUCUUGCAAAACAUAUUAUGUCUGUGAGUGGCCACAAGAAUGAAAGCAGUAUAACAAAAUAUUGCAACAGAACUGGUCAAAAAACAAAGACUAAAAUGGCUGAUUGUUUAAUGAACAUUAUUGAACAUACAAAAAAAUGUCCAGAACCUGUUGAUAAUAAAAGUGCUGCCAACACAUUUCCAAGUCAGGUAGAAUUUUCAACAAAUUUAAAUCCUCGUAUCCUGCUAGCAGUGGUUUCUAGCUGA